UCUAUCGGAAACGAUCUCUGAGGAGUGCCAGUAACAUUCACCUAACAUCUUGCCAUAAGAUAAAAACUUCAUUUCGCAGGUUCUUCAGUAGUUUUUUAAUUCAUCCGUUCUAAAAUAAUCUUUCAAAAUGAUGCAAGAAGCUUCCUCUUCUGGUAAGUUACGAGCUGGCUCUUCAGACUCAGGACAUGUCCAUUUCCCUGAGGAAGAAGUAUCACUUCACGAAGCUCAGAUUCUGGUGCUAGAUUCAGGCAAAAACCAUAUUGAUGUAAAGUUAGGCUUCUUACAACUUGACCAUGUGUACGAGGUAACGUUCGCCUUCAAUCACAACCUGGGUGAAGAUUUACUCAUAGAACCAAAAGCCAAAAGGAAUGUGUAUAUAAAAGUACUCUCGUUUACACCAACUCAAGACGGGAAAGGUCAUGAUGUGGUGCUUAAAUUUAAUGCCCGUAAGGAACAUGUGGUAAAGGAAAUCUUUUACGUGUCAACUAAGACAAAACCAAAACAGAAGUUAACACUACAGUUGUGUGCAAGAAUUCUGGGUCCAGGAAAAGGUACUCCAAUAUUGAAGGAAGGUAUAACUAUACUUGAUGUGCAGGAUGAGUAUGACUUGGAUCCAUCCGACUCGCAUGGCUACUCUGAAUAAAUCAAUUUCAGAGACAAUGGAUCAAGAAAAUUUUUUUUAUAUACAUAUAUAUGUAUAUUUAUAUAUAUAUAUAUGUAUUUUUAUUUUAAGUAAAGACUAUUGCUAAAAUAGUUUCACUAAACUUUUGACUCCUAGUAAAUAUUUCAAAUCAUCUUUGUUUACAGUUUUAUGAAUUCAGUUAACUCUAUCAAACAACUUUUCAUACAUAUUCACAUAGGGGUAUGAUAGAUGUAAUAAUUAAUUCUGUUUUUACAUAGAAAUAUUGUUUAGCCCAAGUCAACCCUGAUCAGUAGAUCACUUGUGACCAUCCCAUCUUGUAAGAAUAUAUAGAAUAUUAUCUGAUAUGUUUUGUCCUUCAUAUAAGAUAGAAGAUGUGAUUUGAGGGAGAUUUGGCUGCUUUUUCAAGCAGAACAAGUGACCAAAUAGGAGCUCCUUCGUUGGCUCAGUUACUUAGAGGAGAUACGAAAUGCAAUAUGUGUACAGAUGAGAAGUGUAAACAAGAACACAGAUGUGACAAUACACAAUUGAGAGUUUACAUUUGUGUUAUUCAAGUCUCAAGUAGACUGAUUCUGAUUGCAAUCAAAUAAAUUUACCCAUUACUUUUA